AUGAAGUCUUUCGGCUUGGUCGUUUUGGCAGCAUUUUUUACCCUCUGCCAGGCACAGUUUCAAGUUCUAGAUGCUGAGUCCAUCGCAAACAGCACUGCUGUGAAAUUCUCUGAUGCUUGCCUAACUGCUUUGCAGGGCACUGUCAACUGCAACAGCACUUUGGUGAAUAUUGCCGCCGCAGAUGAUGUUUAUGGCAUUAACAAUGAUACAUACGCCUAUCUUUGCACCAAUAGCUGUUGUUCAUCUCUGGAAAUAUAUCACAAUACCGUCUCAUCUGCUUGUGCUGGCCAGGAUGAGGCUUGGAGUGGAUAUCCAGCGACAUAUUUUGGAGAUGUGUACUGGGCGAGCUACAAUCUGUCUUGUUUGGCAGAUCCCACCUCCGGGGCGCAUGCAUUGACUACUUUAACACUCUUUCGAGCAAUUAUACAGACGAUGUAUCUGCAACCUCAUUACCAUCCUCUGUUGCAUGCUCCCCAUGCGUUCUAG